AUGAGUAGUCAGGAACUGGUCACUCUGAAUGUGGGAGGGAAGAUAUUCACAACAAGAUUUUCUACCAUAAAGCAGUUUCCUACCUCUCGGCUAACACGAAUGUUAGAUGGCAGAGACCAAGAAUUCAAGAUGGAUGGUGGCCAGAUUUUUGUGGACAGAGAUGGUGUUUUAUUUAGUUUCAUCUUAGAUUUUUUGAGAACUCAACGGCUUAUAUUACCUACUGAUUUUUCAGACUAUCUUAGGCUUCUGAGAGAGGCUCUUUUCUAUGAACUUGAUCCUCUGGUUGAUCUCUUAAACCAAGAACUCCUGCUACAGCCAAGACCUGCUCUUAUGCAGGUGUAUUUCCUAAGCCGAAACACUCAAGCUUUUUUCAGGGUGUUUGGCUCUUGCAGCAAAACAAUUGAGAUGUUAACUGGGAGGAUUACAGUGUUUAUAGAGCAACCUUCAGCACCAACCUGGAGUAGUAACUGUUGCCCUCCUCAGAUGACCUUACUUCCACUGCCUCCACAAAGACCUUCUCACCAUGACCUGGUUUUCCAGUGUGGCUCGGACAGCAUUACUGAUAACCAAACUGGAGUCAGGUAUGUUUCUAUAAAACCUGAUAGUCGAAAAUUGGCCAAUGGAACUAAUGUCCUCGGCUUACUCAUUGACACUUUAUUAAUGGAAGGCUUCCAUCUGAUCGGUAAUAGAACAGUAUCCUCUGAAGACAAAACUGAAUGCUAUAGUUUUGAAAGGAUAAAAAGACCUGAAGCUCUCACCAUGAACAAAACUGUGAAACCAGAGGCUGCCAUCAUGCCAGAGCAAUCUCAGAAAAAGAAAUGAGUUUUUUUGUUCUCUUUUAGAGUAAAGGGAAAU